AUGCCCGAUAAGACGGGCGAGAUCAUCGUCCCGUUGCAGCCCCAUGAAAUCAAAGCCGGACUGAAUAACUCUCCGGGCUACCGCCAUCAUAUCUUCCAAUGCAGCGGACGUUCCCUCUGGGGCCUUCAUCCAAUUCCCCUGCGACACCUCGCGAUGCUUAGCUCCGACGAGCGGGCAGAGCUUCUGGCUGAAUGCGAACAGAUCGAACUGAACUGGGAUGCGGAUGAACCACUAGAUGAGAAGUGGCGCUAUAAGAAGACUCGUGAGUCGUUGAAGAAGCAUUUCGGUUCCGAGAUUGGAACAGCGCCUAAGAGCGAUCCCAAUGGCAAGUCGCCAGACCAUGUCCGUCAAGGCCCUCUGAAUCACCCUGUCCACGAUGCCACGAACCCACCUAGGCAUAAGCACCAGGCGCGUCCUGCCUUUGAUUCGCGGGCUUCGGAGCGGGAUCGUAUCCUAGAGCUGAUCGGUCCUCGCGAUACCACUCAGUGGACCCUGGCCAAGAUGUCCCUGAAGACUGCUUCUGAAGAAGAGUUGCUGCGUGCUGCUGAAUCAUUCAAGACUAGUGCAGAUACCAUUGAGAAGCGACUGGAUUUCCUACCCUUCGUGUUUGAUGGUGGGUCCUCAGCAAACUCGUAUGAAUCACGUCCUAAGGCAACGCACGAGACCACGGCUUCGGCAAGCCCACUUGGGGGCGCGCCUGGAAUCUAUCCACACAAAUCUACCCCUGAGGCUACUUGGGGUAAUAAAGUCCAAGAUCAGCAAGCUCCGGUCCCUGAGGCCAAUAAGGGCAAAAUGAAGAGCACCUCUUCCGUCGUCUGUGACGAUGACAACGAUACUGAUACAUCCUUAUCCGAAUUUCAGCUUGCAGUUGCUGCUGCUGCGAAUGAAAAUCCUCUUAGCGUUUCAAGUUUGAUCGCAAACUGGGAAAUCAAGCCUUUAACUCCUAAGGCUCCAGCAUCUACCAGUGGAGAAGAAGUCUUAGUCGAUACUCCAGCUGCUGGUGCUGUCGGCACCACACUUCAUCUGGACGACGACGCAGUUACCGUUGAAUCCCUGGAUUGUCACUCCGAUUCUGAAGGCGGCCACUUAUCGCACGACUUUUGGGGGAUGUCCGAUUCUUUCUCCGAGGUCGGUCAUGUACUCAUUCAAGAGAACGAUGAAGAUCACAACGAAUCGUCUGACUCAGAGAUCAAGCUCCCGCAUUUAGACGGUCACGGUCCUGGUCCUGACAUGAUGUCUCAGUCUGGCGAGGGAGAUAUACAUCAUUCUACACCCAAUGAAAAGGCAGAUGCACCAUGGUCCGAGAAGACUACUCUUUCGCCCGCCCAAUGCUCCGCCUCGGAUGAUCCUCAAGACGCCGAUGAAGAGGCUGCAUCUGAAGAUGAUAUUGAAGAUACUCCUGCUUCCGUCGCCUCCGAUAUGGGUUCACGCAAGCAUACGGCUUCAGAAUCAUCCCACACGACGCAUCUGUCGCUUGACGAAGGUACGCGUACGCCUGAAGCACCGCUUUUAAUAAUGCCCACGUUUCCCCUCUCUACCGCCUCAGAAGGCUUGCAUGAGGCCAUUUCUAAUCACGCGGCCCAGGUCCUCCGUAAGUCCAGCCAUCGCUUCGUUCGGAAGGUGCCUACGAAUGAUCGCUCAUCUGGGACUGCACCAUCUAUUGAAUCUGCUAUUGAUCAGGAGCGAACAGCGGAUGAUGGCACGAUUGGCCAGAAUGCCACCGAGGGCGCUACUGCUCGUCCUCAUCAAGACAGCGAGCAUACUACGGAGGGCCACAAUGAAUAUUCAUUAUCUUUAUCUUACGAUGAGCAUACGCAUCACCCUACACCUAUCUCCGAGCACCUAGAUCCGCCUCCACCUAACAAUCUCGGUACACAACUGGCUCAGCAUACCUCUCUUACAGUUUCUAAUCAUGCUCACUCGGAAGACCCAGUUUUCGAAGCCGUGGUCUUUCCUAUUGACAAUGAACAUGAGAAUGACGAACUUUAUCAAGGCCCUGCCAAGGUGAAUCCUGAUGCACCCUUAUCGCUCGCCUUCAGCGACGAUAAUGUUGAUGAUUGGGCCCAAGACCUUGUUGCAACCUUCCAUGGUCAUACAAUCUCGCAUGCAUCGGUCGAUCAGCAUGAACGUCCUGCUCUCCCUGUUGAAGAAGCUAUACUCAUUGUGGACGCUGCUGAGGCUACACCUGAAGAGACUGGUUCCCCCCGAUCGGAGCGUGAUGAAGGUUCUCCUUUAGGAGAGGCCAUUCCGCCUGUCCAUAUCCCUGGAGCGGUGGACGAUGGCGACGUUGCAAAACCGCAUAUUGAUCAUUUCGAAGCUCCAGAAGAUAGGCCAUUUGAGGCGCAAUCAUCUCAGGAAGUGAGGUCCCAAGGUAACGCAUCAUCCGCACCCUAUGAAGAAGUGACCAAUCAGCCACCUCCCAUCGACACACCAGCCGUCAACAACAACACCAUGACACCCACAGAGUGGGCAGAACUCAUCCACCUCGCUGAUCACCGUCCACUUGAACCCGGAAGUCCGUUAGAUGCACUUUUCGUUCCUUACAAUCCCAUGGAAGCUAACGGCAUUUACCCCCUUCACGUCCCUCAACCUGCCCCCGAAUCCCAUCACAAAUCAGUAAUCUUAAGCUAUGCCUGGAUCGCCUGGGAACAUGCUACCUACUACUUCGCUGCCUAUAUCUUCGUGGGCGUUAUCAACCCUACCAUGCGGGCACCUCGAGAUCUGUACCUGAUUGUGGGCGCGGUAUUGAGCGGUGCGUGGGUGGUCUUGAAGUGCUUUCAACGCCGCUCUACUCAGGCUUGCGGUAAAUCCCAUUCACCGAAGCAAGCGAACAAGAAGACUGGUUUGCAGAGGUGGGUCAAAGUGUGUGGGGUGAUGUUGGGUGUAGCCGUUGUCAUGACUGCGAUGGUGUUCGGCUGGUGGCCAGUUGAAAAUGCUGGAAUGGGUACGACUACUUCCGCCACAACGAACACGCAUGAGGAGACAAAUGCAAAUGUCUUGAUGGCCCUGGAUGAUGAAUUGAUCGAGCCUAUCACCACGUCUGGUUUUGGGGUACCUAUCUCGACCACGCCGCAAGAACUAACGACUACAUCUAUCCUUGUUGGCCUACAAGGCAUAACGGACGAAUGCAAUACUGCGCGUUACCCCUGUCCUGAGUAUGGAACUGAGUCUGAGGAUGACACCAUCGCCAACCCUGAGCAUGACUCGGAUCCUACGACUAACUUCUACCCUGGGUAUAAAACCGGUUUAGGGGAUGCUCCCGACUCUGAGCACAACUCCGAGUCUGACUCCUCCAGCACUACUACUGGCUCACACACUACCUCCGACUCCUACGGUGCGCCCAACUCCGUUGUUCGGGUCGACCCUCUACAACUAUCCGGCCCAAUGGCAGGGUUGCUUGUCAGCGUCCCGUUGGCAUAUCUGGCGAAGUACUCGAUUUGGCUGUGGAAAAUGCGUACCCUUACCUAG